GGCACAAGGCAUGACCAGUUAUCUAAGUCAACACUGUGGCGAAGAGGUUCUUAUGGGCAGCAAAUUGGUGCAGAUCCAGAAUGUGAGAAUGAGACAAUGGAUCCUGAAUGUGAGAAUGAGACAACGGAUCCUGAAUGUGAGAAUGAGACAAUUCAGUCUCAUUGUCAAGCUCAACACGAAGACCUGGAUCAGCAUGUAGAAGACAACAAGAACAACGCCCCCUCAGAGUCAUCUCACUCCGAACGCAGUGAUGUGGAUACAACUUCCAGCAGUGUUUUGACAGACUCUGAUAGUGAGCAUGUUGAAAGUGAUGAUAGUGAUCAAUUAGAGAGUGAAAGUGAGAGUGAAAGUAGUCAUGAGAGUGAAAGUAGCGACAACAAUGAUUUCUCUGAGUCUGGCAGUGACGAUGAAUAUGAAGUGUAUGCUGGGUGUGAAUUUAGUGUUGAUGAGGCUGUACUUGAUUCAUUAAACGGCGAAUAUUGAUAACCGAGAAACCAA